AUGAGCACUGAGAGACCUUCCAACCUAAUCAAACACCCAGGGCAGACAAGCAUUCCUUCCCUCGAAAAUAUAAGUGAUUUCUCCUUAAAUGUCACUGACUGCACCCAGGUCGUGGUGCCAGAGGAAGUUUUUUUCACUGUUGCUGCUGCUGGAAUACUGGAAAACCUGCUUGUUCUUAUUGCUGUCAUUAGAAAUAAGAAUUUGCACUUGCCCAUGUACUUCUUCAUUUGCAGUUUAGCCAUUUCAGACAUGUUAGGUAGCCUGUACAAAACUCUGGAGAACAUCUUUAUCAUCUUGUGCAAAAUGGGGUACCUGACACGUCGCGGGGACUUUGAGAAAAAGCUGGAUGAUGCCAUGGAUUCCAUGUUCAUUCUGUCUUUGCUGGGGUCGAUUUUCAGCUUGUUAGCUAUUGCAGCAGACAGAUACAUCACUAUCUUUUACGCUUUGCGGUACCAUAAUAUCAUGACACUAAGAAGGGCCUUGGUUAUUUUGGCAAUCAUUUGGACAUUCUGUGCUGGCAGUAGCAUUGCCAUUGCCCUCUUCUCCUAUGAAGCAGCAACAGUCAUUCCCUUCACCAUCCUGUUCCCUUUAAUGAUGUUUUUCAUACUGUGCCUCUAUGUCCAUAUGUUCCUCCUGGCUCGAUCUCAUGCUAAAAAGAUCGCCUCACUGCCAACCAGCACAGUCCACCAGAGAACUAACAUGAAAGGAGCCAUUACACUGACUAUUUUCCUUGGAGUUUUCCUUUGCUGUUGGGCCCCCUUUGUUCUUCACAUCCUGUUAGCAAGGUUUUGCCCACAUAACCCCUACUGUGCCUGCUACAUGUCCAUUUUCCAUGUGAAUGGGACGCUCAUAAUGUGCAAUGCGAUCAUCGAUCCUAUGAUUUUUGCAUUCCGAAGCCCAGAAUUACGGAGUACAUUUAAGAAGAUGUUCUGCUGUGCCAGGUCGAACUGGCACUGGUAAGCACUUCAUGAAAAAUGA